GGACUCGAGCCGGGGGCUCAAGUGGGGUGGGGAACGGAGGAUUUGCUGACCUUGGGUCCCUUCCCGGGCCAGGAAGUAGGUGUCUGGGAUCCUGAAGGGCGGCAUGCUGGUGUUUGAUUUGCAUACCUCUCUUGGGUUUUCCUAAUUAAGUUUUCCCAGCCUGAGCUGACUGCCUGGGAAGAAAUAGAGCAAAGGCGUGACGAUGGGAAAUGGGGAAGGGUGGAUGAGUAAAUGAGCGAUUGCCCGUUUCGCUGGGGAGCUGUGAACUCGAGUCUCUUCCUGCCGUCUUCCUAGCAGUCACGGGCAAAUCUCUGCGAUCAGCAGAAGCAGCUGAGACCCUCUGGAGGGCCUGGUUAGGUAUCUGCUGGGGCUGUUGUCCUGCCUCUCACGGGAGGUACAGACAGCUGUUGAAGCAACAAAAAGAUGUUUAACCAGGCCUCAAGGAGCCUAGCUUUGUUAUGGAAAUACCUGCAGGGGAAGCCCCUUGGCCACACAAUCAGAUGCUUAUAGGGGCUGAUAAGCUGUGUGUUUUUUGUCUGUUGAUUGCUUAAGUAAAGACAACCUAGGAAUUCUUCCUGGUGUAAAAUACACCACUUCUCUGAUCUAUCUUCCCACCGGUUUUUUUCUCAAACUGGGGAGGCGAAGGAGGCAGGGAACACCAAGAGUUAACUCACUUCUUUCUAAGUGUGACCUUUGGACUCAACUAUCUUUUCAGAAGUAGAAAAAUGCCUUUUAUUUAGAAGUUGAGAUGGGAAGAGGUGGUGAAGAGGGAGAAUAACAAAGAUUUAUUUAUCUCCAUUAAAAGAACUUUUUUAAAGGGAAGAAAACUUGCAGUAAUGUAAAUUUUGAAAAUGUGUGCUAAUGUUUACUCUGGAAUUUUAAAACAUUAACAUCCAUUUACAUUGCAAUUAAAACAUCCUCCUUAAGAACAUCCAUCAAAAUUAAGGGUUUGAAGUUUCAAACAAACAAACAAAAAAGUUUCAAAGAUUGUUUCCUGACCACUCUACACCAUACUUCUCUAUAAUAUGAGGGUACCUAUUUCAUGGAUUUGCUUUAAAAGUAUCCCACUAAUUUUUAGCAGUUGCUCUAGUUUAGUAAAGAAUAUAAUUGGCUAAUUUUUUUCAGUGUUUAUUCUGAAUUUUCCCUAGCUUUCAUUUCUGUCAUAGAUGUGGAGAAACAUAUUUCCAAACCUCAGAAAUUAUCCUAUUUCUGUCUUUAUCAAAAGCUCUCCCCUCUGGCCUUAACUCAUGGAGUCUCAGUAUCUACAGAUGUGGCAGUAGAUUCCUGCACAGCUCUUAUAAGCAUCAUCCAUGGAGUAUCUGCUUCCUGGUGAAUCCCCUGGGACCUUUUCACUUUAUCCCAUUCCUGCCCAAGAUAAUGCCUACAGCCUUAUGGAGGAUGUAGAAUUCCCACACGUGUGUGUUUUUCUCAUAAUACUAUUGAAUUUGAAACCAACAGUGAGGCCUUUCUCACCUUCUGAGAUGGCCCACACUCUGUCUGCGGAGUGUGUUUAUCUCUAAGUAAAUCUCUAAAUAAGCAUCUUUCCUAUCACUUUGUCUCUCACUGAAUUCUUUCUGCGGUGAGACAUCAAGAACCUGAGCUUUAGGGGCUUCCCUGGUAGCACCGUGGUUAAGAAUCUGCUUGACAAUACAAGGGACACGGGUUCAAGCCCUGGUGCGGGAGGAUCCCACAUGCCGAGGAGCAACUAAACCCAUGAGCCACAACUACUGAGCCUGUGCUCUAGAGCCUGAGAGCCACAACUAAUGAGCCUGCGCUCUGCAGCUACUGAAGCCCACACACCUAGAGCCUAUGCUCUGCAACAAGAGAAGCCACUGCAGUGAGAAGCCCACGCACCACAAUGAAGAGUAGCCCCACUCACCGAAACUAGAGAAAGCCAAAUUGAAUGUGGAAAAUGGAAAAGCCAACCCACUUACUUCCUUUCCCUCUUCCACUCCAUCAUGCCUUCCCUGGAAAAACCCCCUAAAUCUCCCAGAAACUGUUUAACCUGAGAUUAGGAGUUGUUUUUGUAAUUAUUCCCACCCUUCUAUUCCUAGCCUUAGAGACAAGUAGGAUCAAACACACUGGUUUGACAAGAGAGUAAAAGCUGGAGACACCUUUGGAGACUGCAUGUGAAUUACCUGUCCCACACGUAAUUCUGGAUUUUGCUCUGAAGGUUCUCCAGUGGUCUGACUCAGAGGUGGUGCGCCUUCAGCUGUGGGAUAUUGCAGGGCAGGAGCGCUUCACCUCUAUGACCCGACUUUACUAUCGGGAUGCCUCUGCCUGUGUUAUUAUGUUUGAUGUUACCAACACCACUACCUUCAGCAACAGCCAGAGAUGGAAACAGGACCUGGACAGCAAGCUCACACUGCCUAAUGGAGAGCCGGUGCCCUGCCUGCUCUUAGCCAACAAGUGUGAUCUGUCCCCUUGGGCAGUGAGCCGAGACCAGGUUGACCGGUUCAGUAAAGAGAACGGUUUCACAGGUUGGACAGAAACAUCAGUCAAGGAGAACAAAAAUAUUAAUGAGGCCAUGAGAGUCCUCAUUGAAAAGAUGAUGAGCAAUUCUAGAGAAGAUAUGUCUUUGUCCACCCAAGGGAACUACAUCAACCUGCAAACCAAGCCCUCCUCCAGCUGGGCCUGCUGCUAGUAACGUUUGGCUUGUUUUCCCUCCCAGUACUAGGAGGUCUUUCUCUUCCCUUUGGUUGCCCACCCAGCAGUUUUACUAAGUACAUUUGAACUGUCUGCUGCCGAUUGUCUGGUAAGGAGGGCCAUCAUCACUAAGAAAAGACACUUGGGACCUAUGGGCAUUUCUGCCUCUCCUGCAAGUUGCCUCUGGCUUGCUGCUGGCUCCGGGGGCCCAGUCAGUGCCUUCUGUCCAAAACAGAUCAUCUCAUCCCUCAAUUUGUGAUCUGGGAUUUUGUGGGAAGGAUUAGAAAUCAGCAUUGGUGUUUUAAGGAUCGUAAUGCUCA